AUACAGUUGUGUGUGUGUGUGCCGAAAUAUAGACUCGAGUGAAUCUACCUGAAUUGAGAAAAGCAGCGAAUUUUACAUUAAUAUCAACAAUUCAAAAUCACAAUUACUUGCAAAUCAUUUUAUUGAUUGUUACUUCCUCAACACACGCAUUUAUAGAAUUCUAAUUCUCAAAUUGAUUGGAGUAGAGACCUCUCUCCAUUCAGUUUACGCUUUGAUCUUCGAAACAAAACCCUAAUUUACAGGAUGCCUCAAGUCAAGAUCAUCGCGAAGAACUUCAUGGACAUGGUCGCCUCACUGCCUGCGAUGAAGCUCGACAACCUAUACAAGAACGCCUUUAUUUGCGAAGCUAUUCUCAGGUCUUUGCCACCAUUAGCCAAAAAGUAUGUUUUGCAAUUACUGUACAUAGAUGUACCAGUAACAGCCAAUUCAAUGGAAGAGUGGGUGCUUGCAGACGGAUUCUCAAAGCAUAAAGUAGCCAUUGAUAGAUUGAUUCAAUUGAGAGUAUUGGCUGAAACUGUUGACAGGAAAAAAGAAACCACUUACAGACUAAAUCCAACAUUUCAGGCUAACCUCCAGAAGCAAUUGGUACAUGGUGGAGUUUUGCCAAGGGAAUCGAUGCCUUCAAAUAUCACAGUGAGGCUCCCUAGUUUGGAGGAUCUAGAGGCUUACGCAAUUGAACAAUGGGAGUGUUUCUUGCUGCACCUUAUAAAUUCCACCCUAGCUGAAAGGACGACAAAUUUCAGCUCUUCUAUGAUGAAAGUUUUCCAGCGAGGCCUUUUGAGUCAAAGAGACAAAGAGACCCCACGAUUAACUGAGAGUGGUUUUCAGUUCUUGCUGAUGGAUACAAAUGCACAGCUUUGGUACAUCAUCAGGGAAUAUAUCACCAAUGCUGAGGAGCGAGGUGUCGAGUCAGCAGAUUUGAUAUCAUUCCUGCUGGAGCUUAGUUUCCAUGUCACUGGGGAGGCAUACAAUAUGAACACUUUGACUGAUUUUCAGCGAAAUGCAAUCAAGGACCUUGCAGACCUGGGACUAGUCAAGCUCCAGCAGGGUAGGAAAGAGAGUUGGUUCAUCCCCACAAAAUUAGUUACCAAUCUCUCAAUCAGCCUAUCGGAUUCCUCGUCAAGGAAACAGGGAUUUGUCGUUGUGGAAACAAACUUUAGGUUGUAUGCCUAUUCAACAUCCAAAUUACAUUGUGAGAUCUUGCGCCUCUUCUCCAGGAUAGAAUAUCAGCUUCCAAACCUCAUUGUUGGUGCUAUAACAAAGGAAAGUUUGUAUAGUGCUUUCGAAAAUGGCAUUAUGGCAGAGCAGAUAAUUUCUUUUCUUCAGCAGAAUGCACAUCCCCGAGUUGCAGAGAGAGUACCCUCUGUACCAGAAAAUGUCACUGAUCAGAUAAGGUUGUGGGAAUCAGAUCUGAACAGGGUUGAGAUGACACCAGCUCAUCUUUAUGAUGAAUUCCCUUCGAGGGAUGUCUUUGAGGCUGCUUGUGACUUUGCUCGGGAAUAUGGCGGCGUUUUAUGGGAGGAUUCAAAAAGGAUGCGCUUGGUAGUGAAGGCAGAGAUACACAUGCAUAUGCGAGAAUUUCUGCGUCGCCAAAAGUAAUAGCAUCGAAAUUGAGUUCUGGAGAGGAUAUUUUUGAAUGGGAAUUAGAUACCUAAAAAGCGUAGAUUUUGUCAAUAGUACCAAAAGAAUUGGAAAAAGAACAUGAAACAUGUUAUACAUGCAUUAGCAAGUUUCUAUGGUUUGACCAAGUCAGUCUAGUGAAUCCUUUUACUUGAAUGCUCACAAUUCACAAUGCAUCUUGGUAUCAUUAUGAAGUGAUUCGCCCAUCUGUGUUUGGGUGUCUUUUGGAAGAGGUAGUCCAACUACUUCUCUUAUUCAGUGCCAUUGGCUACCAAACAUAUUAGCCUCAUUCAGUCCGCAUUUUAUAGCAGCAGUAGAGGAAUUAUGUAGCCCUGGGGAUUAUUUUAGACAAUCUCGCAGUUUAAGCUCAUAUGAUGAGCUUCGUGUGAUGCCUGUAUGAUAUUGUUUGGUUUGUGAAGUACUUAUUUAUUUUGGUAAGAAGAAUCAAUCUAUCUUGAACUCUCGAAUGAUUAGCAAACUCUGAAUGUCAUUAGUACAAAUCCAAUAGGCAACAACAAAAUAAAAGCGACCGACAUAUGGAUCUGAUUGGCACGGUGAUUAGAAAUUUUGAAGGAGUGCGAGCAUACCCACAGCCACAGUGGCCUUCAGUUUGUGUGGCCAUCGUAAAUGAAAUAAUUUCUCAAAUGGUUGGAGCUGAAUGAAGAAUUUGUUAGAAGGCCUUUGUGUUGUCAGGUCAUUUCUUGUCCCUCCCAAAGGAGUUUGAAUUGAUCCCUUGGCUUGUCAUCAUCGACUUUAUAGCAAGUGUAAUAAUACCAUAAAGUUAAAAUUCAUCAUGUCUUCUCACCUAGUGUGGGUCCUCUUGGGAUGGAAAUGAUUUCAGAAAAACUAGAAAUGUUUUUGUUUUUGCUAAAUUAUUCUGCUAAUGAAAAUUGAAUGUUGACAGUACUAGAAAUUUUAAAAGGUAAAAUUAAGUUUUGGGGAAAAAAAAAAAAAAAGAAAAAAUUUGAAAUAAUGUUGCUGCCCAGGAUCGAACUGGAGACCUUCAGUGUGUAAGACUGACGUGAUAACCACUACACC